ACAGAGAGAGAUGGCGGGAGCUCUCACUGUCAAACUCGGCGGGAAUCCUGACGCAUCCCUCAAAGACCAAUGGGAAGUGGAUUUCUCUCGAUUCUUCGAGAACCCUCGUAUCUCGCUCUCCUUUUCUUCUCUCAAUCUCAAACCUGGCAAGAACCGAUCCGGCGGCACCUGGAUCUCCUCGUCUUCCGCCGCUCUCCUCCAUCUACUCCCCAAACCACCGGCUAUUCUCACCGUCUCGAUUCGUGGAAAGAUCCCUGAAGAACACUUUGUUUCCAAUCUCCGUUUCUCCUGGCCACAGGUGUCAUGUGGCGCUCAUUGCCCUGUCCGGGGGAGCAGGGUUGUAUUUGCCAGCUAUAGAGAUUGUGAUAGCCAGAUCCAGAAAUUUGCAUUGAGGUUUUCUGUGCCUCGCGAAGCACAAACCUUCUUAGAUGCUGUGAAGGAAACUUCGAAGAACAUAUUGGAAAUUGGAUAUCCAAGAGAUGACACUGGAUAUGAAAAUUCAACUCAAUUAGAGUAUAUUGCCCUCCCCGAGUACAGAGCUGAGGAAUUGGGCUUCACAAAUGCGAAUGCUAGUUAUCACCCAGAGAUGCCAGUUUUGAACUUUCAAGGCGAGCAACAUAUUUGUUCCCAGCAACCGGUACUCACCAACAACUUUGAUUCUGUUCUCUCAUCUUUACCUCCUAGCUUUGCCACACUAUUGACAAGCUGUUCAGUGGAAAAAUUGAAAGAGGCACCCGAACCAAUGGAAACAGAUUUCAUGUCCCAAAUCAUGAGAUACUUGUCGGAUUCUUCAUUUCAUGGAAAUUAGAAAACCAAACAAGCCCUUCGGGACAGAUGCAAUGGAUUUAAAGGCUUCAGGAUGAAAUGUCAUAUGAUGUGAAGCACCUGAAUCAAUAAACCAACAGGGAAAUCUGAGAUAAUGGAUAGGACUGGGCCAAUGGAUGAGUUGCAAAUACGAAGAAGAACUUGAUCGAUCAUCUCCCGGAUUUCUCCUAUAGUGAAAUGUCUAAGAGAUGCCAUUGCAGAUAAGGUACCUGACAACAUUUUUGCAGAUCUGUCGAUGGUAAAAGAACCAUUUGUGAAGAUUUAUGCUGGUUGAUAGAUACUGACCAGGAGCGAUUCAGCAUGGACGAAAAAUGGCUCGUAGACCCUUUUUUUUUUUUUGGGUACCUUGGAGGAACCACCUCCGAGGGGUCUGUAAGGAACGUAGACAGGGGGGCUUGAAGCAUGGACCCCUAUUGGGGAUGUCUCUACCAACUUGUAGAUUUGACAAACAGAAUAUCAAAACAUGUGCACCCAUGGACUGCCAAAAUGUGCAUCUGUGGACCACCAAAACAAGUCAAGCCCCUUUCUUCUACAAAUGGAUUCCCCUUCCAAAAAGGAGGGUAGACAAACUGAGCAGUUCUGGCGAGCUGAGGUGAGAUGAGGCGGAGCAGGACAACCUGGUGCUUGUCCAACAAAGUUGCGACAAUGGAAGUGGACAAUACAGCAACUGUUGGUGAAUAAAACGGAGGUGGUAGUUGAUUGGAGCAGAUGGAACAGGUUUUAGGAGAAUCUCUCAAUUUCAGGUGAUGGAG